AUGUUGGGAACAAAAGCGGAUCGGCGCCCGCCAGAAACUCAGGCUGAACUGGUUUCUUUCCUCGAGAUGAUCAUCACUUGUCUCAACACUUGGGACGGGCGCCGGCCGCCGGGAGACGCCGAGCACAUAAAGCCCGAUGAUCCCAGUCCGGCAGCCGGCCAAGGCCUUUCCUGGGCUUCACCCGGGGCACUUGCCACUACUUCCCACAAGACUCCGGUCUCCUGGCCUCCCGAGGCGGGCGGCCCUGCAUCCAGCUUCCCAUCAUCAUCAUUCCAACUCCCGCGUGCUCAUUCGCAUCAACCAACUUUGCAUUUCUACUCGCCAUCGUCCUCGCCCCCGGCGGCCUUCGCAACAACAACAACAAUCUGUAGCCGCCGUUUUAUAUCACCAGCGCGGCUGUAUUCCCAGAUCGAAGAGAGACACUUCGCGGCGGCCACCACGAACAAAGAUAACCAUAACGACGCGCACCUCAGCUCAGCGACCACAGGCCGGAUCGAUAAGGUCGCUGGAUCGGACACCGAAGUCCACAAUCAAACUCGCCCAAGUUCACCAAAAUAA